AUGAUGUUCGACCCGCUUGGCUUCAUUACGCACUUUCUCAUGUACCUGAAAGUACUGCUGCAGGAGAUUUGGAGAUCCUCGGUUGAUUGGGACACCCCCAUUGAAGAACCACAGUUCCAGAAGUGGCUGACAUGGUUGAAGGUUCUGCCGGAGGUAACCAACGUCCAGAUUCCACGGUGUUAUAGAGCGUCUGUGUCACUAGGAAGCAACUGCAAAGUUCAAAUGCACACGUUCGUUGACGCAAGUGAGAACGGCUUCGCAGCGGUAGUGUAUCUCAGGUUUGAAGAAGGAGACGCAAUUGAAACCGCGUUCGUGAGUGCAAAAACGAGAGUUGCCCCGUUGAAAUUCCUUUCCAUACCCCGCUCCGAGCUUCAAGCCAGUGUCCUCGGAGUUCGCUUAGCGAAAAGCGUCGCCCAGUCACUAUCCGUUAGGGUGUCAGAACGCUUUUUCUGGACAGACUCCAGAGACGUUCUAUGCUGGCUGAACUCUGAUCACAGAAGAUACAGCCAGUUCGUAGCAUUUCGGGUGAGCGAGAUACUGGAAACGACUGAUGUGAAGGAGUGGCGAUGGGUUCCCACGAAGCUGAACGUGGCCGACGAAGGAACCAAAUGGACCCGCCAUCCUGAUCUCACCGCCUCCAGCCGCUGGUUUCAAGGACCGGAAUUCCUGAGGCAGUCUAAAGCAGAAUGGCCGUCUGGCCUGCGAUGUGGAAUGACGGAUGUGGAACUGCGUGCGCACUUAUUAACGCACGUCUCCACGGCCGAAUCAAUUGUUGAAGCACAAAACUUCUCCAAGUGGACAACGAUACUACGGAGUACAGCGUACGUGUUCCGGUACAUAUGCAACUCAAAGCAGAUGGUCAAGACGAAACAGCGAACCGGUGGACCGUUGACGCAACAGGAAUUAUACAGGGCCGAUAACUUUCUCUAUCGCCUUGCCCAGAGUUGCGAAUACGUCGACGAGCUUGCGAUCCUCGUCAGUAAUCGCCGAAUUGGAUCGGAGAAGAAGUCGAUUCCAAAGUGCAGCUCUAUUGCCUACUUCCGUCCGUUUCUCGAUGAAUACGACGUGCUGAGAGUCCGUGGCCGUACCGCUGCCUGCCCGUUGAUCGACUACGAUGCAGUCAACCCUGUCAUUCUUCCUCGUAACCACCAUGUCACACGGCUGAUAGUCUCUCACUACCACAGCAAAUAUCACCACCAAAACCACAACACAGUCCUCAACGAGAUUCGCCAGCGAUACAGGAUUCCUCACCUCAAGUCCGUAUACUACACGAUCCGGAAGCAAUGCCAAAAAUGCAUGAACGAAAGGGCAACUCCACAACCGCCGACCAUGAGUGAUCUGCCGCCAUCACGUCUGGCUGCGUACUCUCGUCCGUUCACGCAUAUGGGGGUGGAUUAUUUCGGGCCGAUCAUGGUAUCCGCCAACCGUAAAACAGAGAAACGCUGGGUGUUGAUAGCUACCUGCCUGACCAUCCGCGCCAUACACCUGCAAAUUGCACACACUCUAAAUACCGAUUCCUGCAUCAUGGCUCUACGCAACGUCAUAGGUAGGAGGGGUACACCGACGGUCAUCUAUAGUGACCAAGGAACUAACUUUCGAGGCGCUAGUAAGGAGCUGAAGGCCGCUAUGGAGAGUUUGGAUCAGGAACGCUUGAUGAUCGAGUUCACGACUCCUCACACCAGCUGGAGUUUCAAUCCACCAGCCUCCCCGCACAUGGGUGGAGCGUGGGAACGUCUUAUCCGUACAGUCAAACAGAACCUCGGGAAGAUCCUGCCAGCCAGCACGCUAUCGUACGAAGUCCUUGAAAACCUGCUCAUAGAAGUCGAAAACGUGGUUAACUCACGACCGCUGACCAGCAUUCCAUUGGAAGACGACGAAUCCCCGGUGCUCACACCGAACCACUUCUUGCUGGGAUCGUCGAACGGUUUGAAGCCGUGGCUACCUUUCGACGACAGUCCUGCGGUACUCAGGAACUGUUGGCAACGCUCUCAGACCUUGGCCAACCAGUUCUGA